AUUAAAAAGAAGUUAAAAAAACUUUGAAAUUAAUACAAUAUUAUUUGAAAAACAAGAAAAUAUAGAGUAUUUUAGUAACGAAAUUUAAGACUUCAAUAUAAGAAUAUUGAAAAAAGGGAAAAAAAAAGAAUUAUAGAGAAAUCAAAAGAAAAUCUUGAUAUUUGUUUUAAAAAUUUGCAAAAAACAAAUUAUUAUGAUGAAAUCAUCAAUUAAACUAAAAGAUGAAAAUGAAAGAUUAGAAAAAACAGUAAGUUCUGAGGGUAAAUCGAUAAAUUCAAAGAAAUCAGCAUCAAUAUCACAGACAACAGAAGAAUGGUUAAAAAAAGCCCAAGAAUUACCAUUUUUUAUGAAAAAUUAUGAUAAAACAAAAGAUAAUGUAGCAAUAGAUGCAAUUACAGCUUUACAAUAUGAAGGAGAGCCUCUAGAAAUCGCAGAAAACUUUAAAUAUCAUGGAAACGAAUGUUAUAAAACUAAAAAAUAUCAAGAUGCUAUAGAAUAUUACACAAAAGCAUUAAAAACUAAGGCAGGAAAUGAGAUUGAAACAGCUUGUCUGUUAAGUAGAGCAGCAUGUCAUAUGGAACUCAAAAAUUAUCGUCAAGUGUUAAAUAAUUGCUAUGAAGUUUUAAAAAAGGAUCCAAACCAUACAAAAGCGUUAUAUCGUUCAGCAAAAGCUUGCUUUUUUUUGGAUAGGCUUGAUGAAUCUUUAAAUCAUAUCAAUCAUUGUUUAAAAACAAAUUAUAAUAAUGAUAUAUUUAAAUCACUUAAACAGAAAGUUCUUGAGCGCAAAAAAUAUUUAGAAAGAAAAUCCAAAGAAGCGUAUGAAAGAAAAAACAUCUCUUUUAUAAAAAAAACGACUCUUCAAAAAGCACUUAAGGAACGAGGAAUAAUAACAAAAUCAUCACAAAUUGAACCAGAUAUGGGCGAUAUUGAACUAUGCUUAUCAUCUCCUUUGGAUAUUACAUCAACUUUACUAUUCCCAGUGACUUUUUUAUAUCCUCUUGUUUUACAAUCAGAUUUCAUCACACAAGUAGCAGAAACUAGUACUAUCCAGGAACAAUUAGAUUUAGUAUUAGCUUCAAAACCUCAAUGGGACAAAAAUAAUGAAUAUUCACCCUCAAAUGUUGAAGUGUGUAUAGAAACAAAAAUAGGUGAAAUAAUUAAAGUUAAAAAAAACGCACAACUUCUUGAUGUUCUAGCAAACAAAGUUGAAGUACUAGAUGGAAUCGUUCGACUUUUAAUCCUACCAAAAAACAAAAUUGAUUUAUGGAUAAAUGAAUGGAAAACAAAACAAAAACCAUAACUAUCAGGUGAACAUAAUUUUAAAUUCAAUAAAAGAAGCAUAACUACUUUAUAAAUAUAUGCAAUAAUAAAGAAUAUUAAUAUGGAAAAAAU